UUGGCUGCCUGUGGGAGCGGAGUCAGUUUCACAUCGUUCUGGAAAUAGCUGUGCGCUCCCAACCCUUUCAAAUCCUGCCCUUCCUCCUCCCGGUCUGCAGCGAGGCUCCUGUAUACACACAAGGCAAAGCGUUUGAACAUGUUUCGGUUGUUGAAACAUAAAAGCAAAGCGAUAAGCUGCUGCCUCUGGUGUGGCCACCCCAGAUACCAGCAUCAUAAAGCUGUCUUAGCGUUGCGAAGGGAGGACAUAAAUGCUUGGGAGAGGCGAGCACCAUUGGCUCCGAGACACGUCAAAGAGGUGACCAGUGCAGGCUACAAGGUCCUGGUACAACCAUCCAACAGAAGAGCCAUCCACGAAAAGGAUUAUAGGCAAGCAGGGGCUAUAAUCCAGGAAGACAUCUCCGAGGCUUCUUUAAUUAUUGGAGUGAAAAGCCCUCCAGUGGAGAAGCUGAUAUCUAAGAAGACUUAUGCUUUCUUCUCACAUACUAUUAAAGCCCAAGAGGCAAACAUGCCUCUUCUGGAUGCUAUCGUUGCAAAGGAAAUUCGCCUCAUUGAUUAUGAAAAAAUGGUCAAUAGCAAAGGGACAAGAGUUGUGGCAUUUGGCCAGUGGGCUGGGGUAGCAGGAAUGAUCAACAUCUUACAUGGUUUGGGACUGCGCUUCCUUGCCCUUGGCCACCACACUCCUUUCAUGCAUAUUGGCAUGGCCCACAAUUACAGAAACAGUGCCCAGGCGGUGCAAGCUGUGCGGGACUGUGGCUAUGAGAUCUCCUUAGGUUUGAUGCCAAAGUCCAUUGGACCAGUUACGUUUGUGUUCACAGGCACUGGUAAUGUCUCCAAGGGAGCACAAGAAAUAUUUACUGAACUUCCUUGUGAAUUUGUUGAACCACAUGAGCUGCAGGGUGUUUUCCAGUCUGGAGAUCGAAGUAAGAUUUACUGCACCGUUCUCAGCCGUCAUCACCAUGUUGUUAAAAAGAGUGAUGGGAAAUAUGACCCUGUAGAAUAUCAACAUCAUCCUCAAUUAUACACCUCGCGCUUCAGCACCGAUAUUGCCCCAUAUACCACUUGUUUGGUGAAUGGUAUUUAUUGGGAUCCAGAUACUCCUCGUUUACUUACACGAUUGGAUGCUCAGAAUUUGCUGGCAUCGGCCAAAAGUUUUGACCCAACUAGUGAUGGUUGUCCACAAUUACCACACAGAUUUUUGGCAAUCUGUGACAUUUCUGCUGACACUGGUGGCUCCAUUGAGUUUAUGACUGAAUGCACAUCCAUUGACAUGCCAUUUUGUAUGUAUGAUGCAGAACAACAAGUUAUUCAUGACAGCUUAGAAGGCAAUGGGAUCUUGAUGUGUUCAAUUGACAACCUACCUGCACAGCUCCCAAUAGAGGCUACUGAAUAUUUUGGAGAUCAGCUUUGUCCAUAUUUAUGGGCGAUGUUGACUUCUGAUGCUACGCAACCCUUUGAAAAGGAGAACGGUUUAACCCCAGUUAUCCGGAAUGCUGUAAUCGCCUCCAAUGGUUCACUGACUCCUAAGUUCAAAUAUAUUCAGAAAUUAAGAGCGAACAGGGAGUCUGCUCAAAGUAGGAAGAUGAGUGCAAAAGGUCGGGUGUUGUUACUUGGAUCUGGUUAUGUUUCGGGACCGGUUUUGGACUAUAUCACCAGGGACACUGACAUUGAGGUGACUGUCGCAUCAGCACUAAAAGACCAGUUGGAAAAACUGACUUCCAACUAUAACCACACCACUCCAGUAACACUGGACAUGAAGAAGGGUGGAGACGAACUCUCUUCACUGGUGAAAUCCCAUGACCUUGUGAUCAGUUUGCUGCCUGGUGUUUUUCAUCCCAUGGUAAUGAAGGAAUGCAUCAAACAAAAAGUGAACAUGGUGACAGCAAGCUACCAGACUCCUGAAAUGAAAGAAAUGCACCAAAGUGCACUGGACGCUGGGAUUACUAUUUUAAAUGAGAUUGGUCUGGAUCCAGGGAUUGACCACAUGCUGGCGAUGAAACGUAUUGACGAGGCAAAAGAGCAAGGUUCAACAAUAGAGUCUUUUGUUUCUUUCUGUGGAGGUCUCCCUGCCCCUGAAUGUUCUGAUAACCCCCUAGGGUACAAGUUCAGCUGGAGUCCCUCUGGAGCUCUGUUAAAUACAAUCCGUCCAGCCAUCUACUUAAAGGAUGGAGAGGUUGUUAAUAUCCCAGCUGGAGGCGCUGUUCUCGACAAUGCUCAACCGAUGGCUUUCUUCCCAGGAUUCAACCUAGAGGGUAUACCAAACAGAGACAGCCUCAGUUAUGCCACACCAUAUGGGAUCCAAUCAGCUAGUACUUUGUUACGGGGCACCCUGAGAUACAAGGGAUAUGCAAAUACGGUGAAAGGAUUUCACAAACUGGGAUUGAUCAAUCCUGACCCAAGCCUGCUGCUUAGCCCAGAAGCUCCUCCUAUCACCUGGAGAGAGCUCAUGUGUAACCUGGUGGGAAUUGCACCAUCCUGCAGUUUCCAAAGCCUCCAAGAAGCUAUCUAUGAUAAGAUUGGAAGAGACGACCACAGAAUGAGCACUCUAUUGUGGCUUGGGCUGUUGGAAGAUGAACCAGUUCACAAAGAACAGAGCCUUCUGGAGACUUUUGCAAAGCACAUCGAGCCCAAACUUACCUAUGCUCCUGGUGAAAGAGAUCUGGUUGUCUUACGGAAUGAUGUUGGCAUCAGACAUGCUUCGGGUCAACUGGAAAUUAAGCAUGAUAGCCUGGUGGUCUAUGGUGAUGUUGGUGGUUUCUCAGCAAUGGCCAAAACUGUUGGCUUCCCUUGUGCUAUUGGUGCCGAAAUGGUCUUAGAUGGUGAAAUCUCCACUAAAGGGAUGAUUGGUCCAUUGACCAAAGAUAUCUAUCAACCAAUUCUGGAUCGCAUCAAGACCGAAGGCAUUUUUUAUACUUCAAGCAGCACCUUUUCAUGAAAGGAGAUCUGGUUUGAAGAUGCAGCUCCUCCAACAAAGGCCCAUCAAGCUCAGUUCAGAACUCUUAUAUCCCAAGGUAUAUUUAGGGUCACAAUCUGAAUAAAACUGCUCUGCAGCCACAGCAAUCUGCCUGAACACCAGCACAGAAGGCACCUUAGGAGGACUGAUCUAUCUUGCCAUCAACAUCAUCCAACCCACCCUCCCCCAUUGAAGCACACUACCCACAUAGGCUAAGAAGAAUCCAACACAUGGUGAGACCAAAGAAACAAACACUGUCAGUGUUCUUUCACAUUACCUACCAGUGAUCCCCAGACAGGGUACCAGGUUAUCUUUCAUUUUGCACCAAUCCCAGUCUUAUUCUUAAAUAUGCUUUGAAAAUGUUUUGUCAAAAAUAGUAAAGAACGCUUCAUUUACUGAGUGGUGUUUAGUGACUUACAAUAUCAGUGAAGACACCAGGCCUCAUUAAAUUAAUCAUUUUAGCCACUUGGUAAACAUCCACUGAGUUUUCACUCUCAUGCUGAUGCAUCAGUUUAGUCAAAGCACAGAAGGUACCAGCUGUUAUUCCACCAUGUCUAUUGAAAGAAAUAAAGAUGAGUUUUAGACUUUUUAUACACACACACACACACACACACACACAUAGUGCAGUCAAUAAUAAAAUCUUCAUAUCCCUUGGGCUUCAUACUUGCAGUGAAGCAACUGCAGUCUAGUCCAAUAACAAGUUCACAGUCAAUCCAAUGAACAUUAAACUUUAUUUCAAAUCAGAAAUGCCCUAGAAUGAUGCACACAUUACCAACUUGGAUUAAAGCCUAUGUUCUACUGAGAAUUCUUGUCUUCCCCUCAGCCAGGUGCAGUAUAAUCAUACUGCUGUCAGGAACAGCAAGAGUAUUAACAAGCUUGGCCUGAGAGGAGGAGAAUCCCCUUGCAGCAGCUGACAGACCAGUCACUCAACCGAAUCUAUUCAGAUACCUCCAAAUCAUGCAUUUCUUCAGGAACCAAUGAAACACUAAAAACUAGGCAGAAUACCCACCCCAUUUUGGGGGUUUUUGUAAAAGCAGCAACUGGAUGCACUUGACAGUUUCCAUUUCUGAGAAGGUGUUUUCAUGAAGAGGCUUCUAUUUUGUGAAUGGUUUAAACUUAGAAA